GUUUCUUUUAACCAAAACUCGAACUGAGCGUCUCUGAUCUCUCAGGUUUGAUUCAAGAACCCUAGAAUCGUCUUUUUCGAAGUUGUUUCAGAAUGUCUGGUCGCGGCAAGGGUGGCAAAGGAUUGGGAAAGGGAGGAGCGAAGAGGCACAGGAAGGUUCUGAGGGACAACAUCCAGGGCAUAACGAAGCCUGCGAUUCGAAGGCUUGCGAGGAGAGGCGGGGUGAAGAGAAUUUCCGGUCUGAUCUAUGAAGAGACACGCGGUGUUCUGAAGAUUUUCCUGGAGAAUGUGAUUCGUGACGCUGUGACCUACACGGAGCACGCUAGGAGGAAGACGGUGACCGCCAUGGACGUCGUCUAUGCGCUCAAGAGGCAGGGAAGGACUUUGUACGGUUUUGGUGGUUAGAGAUUGUUUGUUAGUAAGCGUAGAUUAGAUGUUUUCUCUUUUGUAUUCCUUCCUGUCAAUCUAUCGUUAGUGUUGAUUUGCUCGUAUCCUCAAGGACUUCUUGUAAUUCUCAAUUACAUGUGAAGUAGCGGAGUUCAUAUAUUGCUGCAAAGUAAUGGAUUUUGUUUUCCUUGUUUUUUUA